AUGACGGUCGUGCCUGGGAGCUUCUCUCUCCGUGCGGUCGCUGCUUUUGAAAGUCCACGAGGAAAGACGGCGCGUGCGUUUGGAACAAUGCAACCAGACAGGAGCUUCCAGAGUUUUGCCUCAAGGUACAGGCAGAGUUCUUUCACAUAUGAUGUGAAGCGAGACGUGUACAAUGAGGAAAACUUUCAACAGGAACACAGAAAGAAGACCACUUCCUCUGCGAACAUGGACAUCGACAUCAGCACUGUCGGUCACCAAGUGCAAUGCAGAUGCUCAUGGCACAAGUUCCGAAGAUGCCUGCUUACAGUGUUUCCCUUCCUAGAGUGGAUGUGUUUCUAUCGAUUCAAAGAUUGGCUUCUUGGAGACUUACUUGCUGGAAUAAGUGUUGGCCUUGUGCAAAUUCCCCAAGUCCUGAUGCUUGGUUUGCUGGCAAGGCAUCUGAUUCCUCCUCUCAAUGUCUCUUAUGCAGCUUUCUGUGCUUCAGUAAUUUAUGGAAUUUUUGGAUCAUGUCAUCAAAUGUCCAUUGGUACAUUCUUCCUUGUGAGUGCUCUGACAAUCAAUGUCCUCAGGACACAGCCAUUCAACAGUGGCCACUUAUUACUGGGAACCUUCAUCCAGGAUGACUUUUCUAACAUGUCCUUCUUUGAGAACUAUAACAAAUCCUUGAGUUCUGUGGCAUCUGUAACUUUGCUGACUGGGAUUAUUCAGCUGUCUAUGGGCAUGUUAGGUUUUGGCUUCAUUGUCACUUACAUUCCGGAGGCUGCCAUCAGUGCUUAUCUGGCUGCUACAGCACUGCACGUUAUGCUGUCCCAGUUGACCUGCAUCUUCGGAGUUAUGAUCAGUUACAAUUCUGGUCCCGUCGCCUUCUUCUACAACAUAAUUAACUACUGUUUAGGUCUCCCUAAAGCUAAUUCCACCAGCAUCUUACUAUUUCUAACCGCUAUUGUUGCUCUGAGAAUCAACAAAUGUAUCAGAAUUUCCUUCAACCAGUACCCCAUUGAGUUUCCCAUGGAAGUUUUUCUGAUUCUUGGCUUCGCUGCAUUUUCAAGCAAGGUAAACAUGGCCACAGAAAACAGCCUGAUGAUCAUUGAGAUGAUACCUUAUAGCUUCCUGUUUCCUGUAACGCCAGAUAUGAGCCAUUUUACUGAAAUUCUUGUAGAAUCGUUCUCCUUAGCGUUAGUGAGCUCCUCUUUGCUCGUAUUUCUGGGCAGGAAGAUUGCCAGUUUCCAUAACUAUAACGUCAAUUCCAACCAGGAUUUAAUAGCCAUUGGCCUUUGCAAUGUCGUCAGUUCAUUUUUCAGAUCUUACGUGUUUACUGGUGCUGUUGCCAGGACCAUUAUCCAGGAUAAAACUGGGGGAAGACAACAGUUUGCAUCUCUGGUAGGCGCAGGCGUCAUGCUGCUCCUGAUGAUGAAGAUGGCACGCUUUUUCUACAAACUGCCAAACGCUAUAGUGGCUGGUAUUAUCCUGAGUAACGUCCUGCCCUACCUUGAAGUUGUUUACACCCUUCCCAGUCUGUGGAAGCAGAACCAGUAUGACUGUCUCAUUUGGAUGGUGACAUUCUUAUCUGCAGUUUUACUGGGACUGGACAUUGGACUAGUUGUUGCAGUAGCUUUUGCCUUCUUCAUCAUCACUGUUCAGUCACACAGAACUAAGAUUCUCCUCCUGGGUCAGAUCCCUAACACCAAUAUUUAUAGAAGCUUCCAAGACUAUCGGGAGGUUACAAACAUUCCAGGGGUGAAGAUCUUCCAGUGCUGCAAUGCCAUCACAUUUGUCAACGUUCACUACCUGAAGCGCAAGGUGUUAGAGGAGAUUGAAAUGGUAAAGGUGCCCCUUACAGAAGAGGAAAUUUAUACCCUGUUCAGUCAAAAUGAAGAGGGCGCACAGCGAAGAAGGAUUUGUCGGUGUUACUGCAACUGUGAUGAUCCAGAGCCAUCGCCCAGGGUUAUUUACACAGAACGAUAUGAAGUUCAACGGGGCCGAGACUCCUCCUUCAUUAACCUGAUCCGCUGCUCACGUUUCGAGAGCAUGGACACAGCCCAAACUAUGUCUGAAGACCAAGUACCGUACAUAACAUCGUCCACAUCUCAGAGAAACCCAAACUAUGAGGAGGUGGAGAAAGUUUGGCUUUCUGAUGACCCUUCCAGGAGCAUGACAAUCACACUCCCUGAGGCUUCUGAUACUCAGGUCAGAGAUACAAAACUGCCUUACUCGAGUUCAACUAUUCUACCCAGUGUCCAUACCAUCAUCUUGGACUUCUCCAUGGUACAUCUUGUGGACGCACAGGCUUUGGUCGUAUUAAGACAGAUGUUCAGUGCUUUCCAAAACGCCAACAUCUUGGUGCUCAUUGCAGGGUGUCACUCUUUUGUGGUCAGGUCACUUGAGAAGAAUGAUUUCUUUGACACUGGCAUCACUAAGGCCCAGCUGUUCCUCACCCUCCACGAUGCUGUGCUAUUUGCUUUGUCAAGGAAGUUGGCAGAGUCCUCCGAGUUAACUGUGGACGAAUCAGAGACCGUGAUACAGGAAACCUUCUCAGAGACAGACAAGAAAGAAGAAUCAAGACAUAAAGCAAGUAGAAGUCUUACAGAAGCCCCCAGAAGUAAAAUUCCAGCCUCCUCCUUACUCCCAGACUCAGAGAUGGAGGAGGAAUCAGACUUGGAUCUGUAUUCCACAAUACAGAUGUCUAAAGACCCUGGGCUGAAUCUGGACCUAGACCUGGAUCAGGAGGUGGAGCCUGAGUCAGAGCUGGAGCCUGAAUCUGAGCUGGAUCAAGAGACAGAGCUCGAGCCUGAGCCAGAGGCCAGUCCCAGGCCGAGUAGGCAGAAGUACUGGUCUCUGUUUAAGGCUAUAAUUCCCAGAUCCCCAACUCAGACUCAGGCUAGGACACAGUCAGUAGAGAGGAGGCAUCAAAAUGUGAAACCAUAUACAUCCAAGGCUGGCACCAGUGAGGAUACCUUGGAGAUGAGCUAG